AUGGCCGGAGGUGGGUUUGCCGUCUCGGGCGGCACCGAGUUCGAGGCGAAGAUUACGCCAAUAGUUAUCAUUUCUUGUAUUAUGGCGGCCACCGGAGGUUUAAUGUUCGGCUAUGAUGUCGGUGUUUCAGGUGGCGUCACGUCAAUGGGCCCUUUCCUGAAGAAAUUCUUCCCAGUGGUGUACGAGAAAACACAAAAUGCACACUUAGACAGCAAUUACUGCAGAUAUGACAAUCAAGGCCUGCAAUUAUUCACGUCAUCCCUUUAUCUUGCCGGCUUAACGGCCACAUUUUUCGCUUCCUACACGACGAGACGGCUCGGCCGGCGGUUAACUAUGUUGAUUGCCGGUUUAUUCUUUAUAGUUGGUGUCGUGCUUAAUGCGGCUGCCCAGGAUUUAGCCAUGCUCAUAAUCGGCCGGAUUUUGUUAGGCUGUGGCGUAGGUUUUGCUAAUCAGGCUGUUCCGCUAUUCCUGUCAGAAAUCGCGCCCACGAGAAUACGUGGCGGUCUCAACAUAUUGUUCCAACUCAACGUCACAAUUGGGAUUCUCUUCGCCAACCUUGUCAAUUAUGGCACUGCUAAAAUCAAAGGAGGAUGGGGUUGGAGGGUCUCACUCGGGCUCGCCGGCAUACCCGCUGGCCUCCUUACGUUAGGCGCCCUACUCGUGGUCGACACCCCUAACAGCCUUAUCGAACGAGGCCAUCUAGAGGAGGGAAAAGCCGUGCUCAAAAGAAUCCGAGGCACACCGAAUGUCGAGCCCGAGUUCCUAGAGCUUGUCGAGGCCAGCCGCGUGGCCAAGCUCGUGAAGCAUCCUUUCCGUAACCUUCUCAUGAGAAGAAAUCGCCCGCAGCUCAUCAUCGCCCUUGCUUUGCAGAUUUUCCAGCAGUUCACGGGGAUAAACGCGAUAAUGUUCUACACGCCGGUACUCCUGAACACGGUGGGGUUCGGUAACGAUGCUGCCCUGUACUCGGCAGUCAUCACGGGGGCCAUCAACGUGCUCUCGACAAUCGUGUCGAUCUACUCGGUGGACAAGGUGGGGCGGCGAGUGCUCCUUCUGGAAGCGGGCGUGCAGAUGUUCAUCUCCCAAGUUGUAAUCGCGAUAAUCCUCGGCAUCAAAGUCACCGACACCUCCGAGAAUCUGAGCCACGGCUACGCCAUCUUUGUAGUUGUCCUCAUCUGCACGUUCGUCUCGGCUUUCGCGUGGUCGUGGGGCCCGCUCGGGUGGCUCAUCCCGAGCGAGACGUUCCCACUCGAGACGCGGUCUGCAGGACAGAGCAUGACCGUGUGCGUGAAUUUGGUCUUCACGUUUGUUAUUGCGCAGGCUUUCUUGUCGAUGUUGUGCCACUUCAAGUAUGGGAUUUUCCUCUUCUUUUCCGGUUGGGUUUUCGUGAUGUCCGUGUUCGUGUUUUUUCUGGUGCCGGAGACGAAGAAUGUGCCGAUAGAGGAGAUGACGGAGAGGGUGUGGAAGCAGCAUUGGCUGUGGAAGAGGUUUAUGGAUGGUGGGGAUGAAUAUGUUGCUAAUGGUAAUACUAAGGGCUGA